AUGUUCGAGUAUGCAGUCGACAAGGAUAGUGAACUUGCUGGGUUAUUGCAAAAGGGCAAGGGAUACAGGAUCAAACUCGCGACCAGGGACUUGGGCAUAAAAUGGUGGACCUAUGUUGACGAUCCUUCACUACCUAUCGACGACAAAAUACUAUCACGGCCCUCAGAAACACCGAGAUUGGUCAACAGUAAACCCUCAGCCGGCCAUGCUGGUUUCAAAGUCGUAGAUUGUGUACCUUGGCCACCGAACAUCUCUACACAUCUGUCUCUCAUCGCCGCAACAGACACCACUCCAACCCUCCUCGAAAUCUGCAUCGCAAACCCAACCUCACAGCCAAUAUCCAUACAAUUCCGUGGUACACAACGAUAUCUCGCUCCUCGCGAUCUCCUAGGCGAUCGCACAACCACAAGACCAAAGCUAUACCGUACCCUAGAACCAGAAGCACCACUCUCAUCUUUCGGUCUCGCCAUCACAAACGCCACCACAAAAGCGACAAUCCCGACUCACAGACCACGCCCGGGAUGUUUGGGUCUAACGGCAGGAAAUAUCGAUCCAAGACCCAGAAGCAAAGAUCUGUUUACUCUGGAGCCUGGGCAACAGAUACUUAGACACAUUGCUCUUGAUCCCAUACUCUAUGGUCACGAUGAUGGGGUUUACAUUGUCGGAUUGAGAGAGCAGAGAUUUUGGUGGUGUGUAGGCAGCAAAGAAGACAUUUGCGAGGAAGAUGAUGAUGAUGCGAGGGUUGAGAAAGAGUUGUUCAGUAGAGAUAUACCGCCUUUGGUGAUCAAGUCUGGAGAUACUGUUGAGUUGAAGGUGGUCAAUGGGGAAGUGGUCGAGGAGUAG